AUGAGUAACCAAUAUAUUUAUAACAUACCAAACUCAAAUUUUAAUAAUUUGGGAUACCUCAAAGUCGUUGCCAAUAUAAACGACAAACACGAUCGUUCCACACCCUCUCUUUUCCAUUGGAAAGUACUUAAAUGUAGAAUGAUCAUAUUUUCUGCCUCAUCACUAAUGGCGUGUCCAGAUAAAAGUGACCUCAAGGAAUUGCACAUUAUUUUUAAUAAAAUUGGGAAUGAUUAUGAUCGACUGACUUCUUUGUUCAUUAAAUUCUCUUUGAGUCAAGAUGGUACUAUCCGCGAAGUAACUUCAGAGAUGUAUCAAAUGUGUUUCCAUUACACUAUGUCGGCUAAAAUUGCACCCGUUUGGAAUGUCUUUGGAUAUAAUUACUACAUAAACAAUAGAGAUUUUUUGACGGCAGUUGAACCUCAAGAUGGUAUUCAAUGCAAGAUUUUUAUGAACAAAAGCACAAUAACAUUACAACUGAAACCCGUCAAAAUCCGCAUGAUAAAAUGUCAAGGAGAAAAAUUUGUAGAAGGUGAAUAUGUCAGAGUUCUUCCGAGCCUCAACAAAGGUGUAAUAGAAGAAUAUUGUGAUGUUUUACCUAAAUCUUCUAAUUUCCAAUGUUAUAAGGAUCUACGGCGUCAUUGGAAAAAUAUUCAUGGUUAUAGACUACCGGAAAAGGAGCAUCCUUGUUACUAUACGGUUAGAUUCUGGCGCGGUGAUCCGUUGACAUACCCUUCAAUUUGCUUAACCAGGAACUUUCCCAUCAUAGCACCGUUACCAAAACCAACAGAAGUAAGUUACCUACUUAAUUUCAUCUUUAAUUAAAGUCCAGUUAGAAAAAUAUAUACUCCUGACAAUUGCCAAGAUUUGCUUAAAGAACAAGAGGCUUUAGAGCUACAUAGAAUUGAAGAAAUAGAAAAACAGAAUAACAUUGAGAAUGAAAAAUGGUUACAAGCAGAAGUAAUAGCAAUGGAGCAAUGGAAGAAAAUUCAAAUUAAAAAAGAGAUGUUAAGACAAAAGCAUAUUGAACAGCAGGCUAAACUUAAGCUUGAAUGGGAAAUUGAAAAACAAAGACGAGAAAAAGAAAAGGAACGAUUAAUGAAGAUUGAAGAGGAAAAUAGAAAAAGACAGGAAAUAUUUAUGAGCAAUUUGGAAAAAUUCUUAAAUGGUGAUUUAACACAGCUUCCUGAAGAAUUGACCGUUUUGUAUGAAACAAGGCCUGACUGUGAUGAAUGCCCAUUUUUUGUCAAAACUGCUUGUUGCCGUUUUGGGGAUGAGUGCUCUCGGAACCAUAAGUACCCAGGCAUAAGUAAAGUUCUCCUUGCUGAAAAUAUGUUUGGCCAUUUUGGUUUAGAAAAUGCCAAUUCUAAUGAAUAUGAUACAGAUAUCAUGUUGGAAUAUGAGGACAGUGAUACAUAUAAGGACUUCAAGAAUUUUUUUGAUGACAUACUACCAGAGUUUCAGAAAUUUGGUAAAGUUGUGCAGUUGAAGGUAUGCAAUAAUUUUGAGAAGCAUCUUCGCGGUAACACAUAUGUAGAAUAUGCAGAUAUUCACAGUGCUGUGUUGGCUUAUCGAGCUCUGCACGCAAGGUGGUAUGCAAGCAAGCAGCUAACAGUGCGAUUCUGUCAGAUCUCAUCAUGGAAUAAUGCUAUCUGUGGACUGCAAACCCGUAGACGCUGUCCAAAAGGGCGGACUUGCAAUUUUCUACAUGUGUUUAGAAAUCCUAUGAAGCCAUCAUAUGAUGAAAAUCGACAUUCUGAGAGACAAGAGCGAUCAUCGCGAUCCUGGCGAUGGUCCGAAUCACCAGAAAGAAAACCAAUAGUUUCGCCAAGACGGUCUUCUCCAAAACGCACAGACAAAAACGAUGAGCGUUACUACAGGCAUCGAGACAGAAGUCGUCAUGAAAGUCGUUCUUAUCGUUCAUCGCAUCGAAAAAAAAAUUCUUGAAAUAAAAUAUAAAAAUACUAUUUAAAUUUUA